CCGAAAUCGCUAGCACUUCGCUGAAAAAUCACCAAUUUUUCAUUCAUAUUCAGCACUAUACAGCUAUAGCAUAAUUUCACUAUGGACAAACCCAGUUUACUCAAGGCUUUGGCCGGCACAUUGGAUGCAGACUUCCACACCCGUAAACUGAGCGAAAGACAGUUGAACGUCUAUGAACAGCAACCUGGCUUCACAGCCUACUUGCUAGAGCUCAUUACAGACCCCGAGGCCCAAUUGGGCAUCCAGAUUUCAGCAGCCAUCCUCUUCAAAAACAGAGUCAUGACCUAUUGGUUGACUCCGGAAAACAAGGCUCCCAGUCCGUUGACUAUCAGAGACAACGAAAAGCCUCAGAUCAAGGAGAAAUUGAUCCAGACUUUGAUAAAGACCUACAAGAACACCCAGCUCAAAUUGCAAUUGUCUACAGCCUUGCACAAUAUCUUGAGUUCGGAAAAAUGGGAUGAAAUACUUGCUAUCAUCAAGAACUUGUUGAACGACCUGUCCAAUAUCGACCACGUGUACGUUGGCUUGAUCUGCUUGUACGAAUACACUAAAAACUACAGAUGGUCUAGCUUUGAACAUGCAAAUUCUUCUAAUCCAGUGUUGGAAGAUGUAGCCAAUGAAGUAUUCCCACAAUUGCAAACUCUUAUUCACAAUUUGAUAAACAGCGACUCAGCUACUGCUGACGAGAUGACGUACUUGAUAGUGAAGAUCUUCAAGUUUACCACUUUCUCAUCUUUACCAUCGUACUUCUUGAACACGGAAAAUUUGGGCAACUGGUGUCAGAUCCACAUCAUGAUCAUCAACAAGCCAUUGCCAGCAUCUGUGUUGAACGAGGACUCAAUUGAGCUUAGAAACCAGAACCCUAGGAUUAAAGCUGUGAAGUGGUGUUUCGGAAACUUGCACCGUUUGUUGAGUCGUCAUGGUGGAGGUAUCACAACGAAAGAUAAAACUAACAACCAGUUUGCUACAGCUUUUUUGGAGAACUUUGUUCCAGUCAUCUUGAACGCGUUUUGGAAGAUCAUCGAAGAGUGGUCCACCAAACAAAUCUGGUUGAGUGAAUCUUCUUUGUACCAUAUCAUUUCGUUCUUGGAACAGAUUGUAGACACGCCAGCCUGGAACUUGAUCAAUGACAAGAUCGAUGCUAUCAUCAAGCACGUUAUAUUGCCCACAUUGAAUGCAACAGAAGAAACCAUAGAGUUAUACGAAGACGAUUCUGACGAGUACAUCAGAAGAUUCUUUGAUACCAACCGAGAAAGCAACACGGCAGAUGUGGCCUCCAUCAACUUCAUCUAUCGUUUGUCUGUCAAGCGGUUUACUGCCAGCAUAAACACCGUGUUAGCCAUCGUAAAUGAUAUCUUCAACCGUAGAGCCGGCGAUCGUGGCAAUGUAGACGUGGCCAAGGAGACUGAAGGUGCAUUCAGAGUAUUAUCUACUCUUUCCCAUAAGUUAGACAACAAGAACUCGCCAGUCCACGGACAAGUAGAUAAGGUGUUACAUACAUUCAUCUACCCCGAGUUGGCCGAACCUGUUAUUGCUUCGACUCCUUGGUUGACAGCUAGAGCCUGUGACACUUUGGCCAUGUUUAGACACAAUUACAAGGACCAAGAAGUGUUGAGAGACAUUUUCCAGGGCGUGGUCAACUGUUUCCAGAAGGAAGACCAGUUUCCCAUUCAGCUUACCGCUGUGGAUGCCUUGUGCACUUUGGUAGAAGAAGACACCGUAGCUGAACAUGUAGGAGAACAGGCUCCUCAGUUAAUGGGGACCUUAUUGGAGAUGUCUAAGAAGUUCGAGAGUGACAUUUUGACAAGCGUAAUGGAAACAUUUGUCGAAAAGUUCGCUAAGAACUUGGAACCAUAUGCAACAGAGUUGGCCAGAAAGUUGAUGGAACAGUUCCUCAGAACGGUAUCCGAGUUGAUGGAACAACAGUCUGCUGACUAUAACAACGUAGACGUGGACAAGGAAUACAAAGCAGCAGGUGUAUUGGGUACCUUAACUUCGUUGGUGAUUGCCAUGGGUACUUCUCCUGAAGUGUCUGUAGCCUUGGAAGGAGUAUUACUGGAAAUGAUUAUCUUUAUUCUCGAGAAUGCACAAGUUUCCUUUUUGUGUGAAACCAUCGAGAUUCUCGAAUCAUUGAUUUUCAGCUCUCGUAACGUUUCUCCUGUCAUGUGGAACAUUUACCAGGUUGUCAUUGAUUCAUUUGAUACAUAUGCACACGAGUACUUCGACAGUUUCCAGCCGUUCUUCGAAGGUAUUAUUAACCAUGGCUUUACUCAACCUGUAAUCACUGUGGAGAGUCCUCAAAUCCAGCAAUUACUUUCAGUUUGUUUCAAGCUCUUGAAGAGCGACAGCUUGGAUCCCGUAUUUGCUCACUCUACUUUUGAAAUUAUGGAGUUGACCAUCUUGGCUUUGAACACGAGAUUCGUGCCAAUCUUGCCUCAGUUUUUACCUGAGAUUUUCGAAACCUUCAGUUCAUUGGAGAGCCAGGAUGCUUUCGAUGGCUAUAUGUUGCACCACUUGUCAAUUUUGAGAGUUUUCUUUGCUGCAUUCUACGUAGACCCAGUCACGACCAUUCAAUUCUUGAACGAAAAGGGAUUCACGCCAGCCUUGUUCCAGUUAUGGAUCAAGCACUCAAGUGACUUCCAAAGUGUAUAUGGAUGCAAGUUGCAGAUUUUGGCCAGUAUUUCCAUCAUCAGAAGCCAGGCUUUGACCUUGAUUCCCGAAGAUCUUAUUGGCGAAACCGUUGAUUUAAUGGUAGACAACAUUUCCACCUUGCCAUCAGCCAUCAAGGCCAAAAACGAUAUCUUGCAAAAAGAAAGCCUGAAACCUUUUGGUAAUGCUGGUAAUGAAGAAGAAGAUGACGAAUACAAUGCUGCUUACUAUGAAGACGAAUUGGAGGCAGACGAAGCCGAAUUGGAAGCAUUGAAGCAAACUCCUAUCGACGAAAUCAACGUUUUCCAGGUAAUUGCUGACAACUUGCAAACCAUGAUCCAUCAGGAUCCAGGCAAAUACGAGGCAUUGUUCGGAGGUGUUAGCGACAACAAGAAGGAGAUGCUCCAGCAGAUCUUGCACAUUGUGCACGAAAAGGCCAAAAACUAGAGCCAAAGAAUACGUAGUUUAUUUCCUCAUACUUCUGUUUAAGCAUUUAGCCCUGCUAAUAAAAGUCGCAUUAUAAUUUUGCACCC